AUGAACUUCCUCUGGCUUCUCUCCUGCUGCGCCCUCCUGGGCACAGCCUUUGGCUGCGGGGUCCCCGCCAUCCAACCUGUGCUGAGUGGCCUCGCCAGGAUCGUCAACGGGGAAGAAGCUGUCCCCGGCUCCUGGCCCUGGCAGGUGUCCCUGCAGGACAGGACCGGCUUCCACUUCUGCGGGGGCUCCCUCAUCAACGAGAACUGGGUGGUCACCGCCGCCCACUGCGGUGUCACAACCUCCGAUGUGGUCGUGGCUGGGGAGUUUGACCAGGGCUCAAGCUCUGAGAGCAUCCAGAAGCUGAAGAUUGCCAAGGUUUUCAAGAACUCCAACUACAACUCGUUAACCAUCAACAACGACAUCACCCUGCUGAAGCUGUCCACAGCUGCGAGCUUCUCCCAGACUGUGUCCGCUGUGUGCCUGCCCAGUGCCAGUGACAACUUCGCCGCCGGGACGACGUGCGUCACCACAGGCUGGGGCCUGACCCGAUACACCAAUGCCAACACCCCUGACCGGCUGCAGCAGGCAUCCCUGCCCCUCUUGUCCAACACCAACUGCAAGAGAUACUGGGGCACUAAGAUCACCAACGCCAUGAUCUGUGCGGGCGCCAGCGGUGUCUCCUCCUGCAUGGGCGACUCUGGCGGCCCCCUGGUCUGCAAGAAGAAUGGAGCCUGGACCCUGGUGGGCAUCGUAUCCUGGGGCAGCAGCACAUGCUCCACAUCCACCCCUGGCGUGUAUGCCCGCGUCACUGCUCUCGUCAACUGGGUGCAGCAGACCCUGGCCGCCAACUGA